AAGCACACUUUUUGAAGGUUGAAAAUAUUUUGUUCCAAGGCAAGUCCCAGUACCAAUCUAUGCUGGUAUUUCAGUCAGCAACCUACGGUAAAGUUUUUGUGUUGGAUGGAGCUCUCCAACUCACUGAGAAAGACGAAUGUUCAUACCAAGAGAUGAUGACCCACCUUCCUCUUUGCUCCAUUCCUAACCCAAAAAAGGUACUGCUUAUAGGAGGGGGAGAUGGCGGCAUCCUCAGAGAAAUUUCCCGCCACUCUUCUGUGGAGCAAAUUGACAUUUGUGAAAUAGACACUAUGCUGAUUGAUGUGUACAGGGAAUAUUUCCCAAAUGUAGCUGUUGGAUACAAGGACUCUCGAGUGAAGCUUCAUGUCACAGAUGGGGCUGAUCAUGAGCUAUUCGAAUCAGAGUUUUUUGAAGUGGCAUCGAGAGCUCUACGAGGAGGAGGAGUUGUUUGCAUUCAAGCAGAGAGCUUAUGGUGUGGCUCACUAGACAUUCAGAAGCUCUUCUCCAAAUGCCACCAAAUCUUCAAAGGCUCCAUUGAUUAUGCUUGGACCACUGUUCCUGCUUAUCCAAGUGGGGUCAUAGGGUUCUUGCUUUGUUCCACAGAAGGCCCAUACGUGGACUUCAGAUGUCCAAUAAACCCCAUAGACCCACAAAACUAUGGCAUAUCCAAGCAACCCUUGAAGUUCUACAACUCUGAGGUUCAUUCUGCUGCCUUUUGCUUGCCAUCUUUUGCGAGAAGUGUCGCCAGCAUGAAGCCCAAGAACAGUACUUAAGUGGAGUUGAAUGUUGAUGUCAAUUACGGGAAAAGAGACCAAUU